GUUGCCGCCUCCGGCUCGGCGAUCAUCGUAACGCGGAGACGCCUCGCCUGCCCGGGGGGCGGAGGAGCCGCGGGAGGGGGAGCGGCGCGGUAGCCCCGUCGGCGCUCCGGGCCAGGUAACCUAUCCAAGGAGCGCGCGGGGGCUCUGCAGGGCGGGAGAAGGUCUUUGGGGCCGGAGGGGAGAGACGGGGUCGGAUUCCAGGCUGGGGACCUCCUGUUGCGCUCCAUCGAGGCGGCGGAAGCCUCUUUAAGGGAGGGCGCGGAGAGCGCGCGCGGCGCUUCCCAGACAUUAAGACGGGAUUCCCAACGGGGUUUUAACCCCGGAUCUUCUUUGCAACGCCAGGGAUGCCUCGGCCCUGAAGACGGACGAGGCAUCCAAUAAGAGAAGCUCGAAGCACGUGCAAAGGGUCUCGCGCCUCCUCCCCACGGAUCUGGAGGAAAGGGGGAAAGGAAGGGACUUAAGAGCUCAGCUGCGAGGAGCUCGGUUUCCCUUUAAGAAAUUGCUGAAAUGAAAAGCCCCCCCCCCCGAACCUGUUGCACCUCCACUGAAAUGGCUCAGGUAGGAGGUGGUGUGGGGAGAAAUCUCACCUUCUGUGCCUCACCUUCCCGAUUUUAGGCAGCAUUUGCUGAUCCAAAGGCUGUAAGUGGGGGGAAAAGGCUUUUUCUUUUAGUUUUCCCUUCCCAACCUCACUUACCUCUCCAAGUAUUUUUACCCAUCACCUGUAAUUUCUUCUCCCAUUUUCAUUUCACGCUUAACUUGUACUUUAACUGCCCUCCCCAAACUGCCAGUUACUUUCACCCCUUCUUUUACAUUUUAUUCUUCCUCCCAUAACAGUUUUCCCUUCUUCCCCUCCUCCUUUCUAUUUCGAAUUUAUCUGUUGUCAUUCCAAUAAUAAAAAUACUAAUAAUAUACAGUGUUACUUCUGUUUAAGAACAGCCCUGUUUAUGAGCUAUUUGGUAUAAGAAUUCCGCAAAACCAGAAGUAGUGUUCCGGUUAGCAAACUUUACCUUGGUCUAUGAAUGGAAGUGUGGAAGACAGGAGUGCCUGGCGUGCUCUUGUCCAUGGGGUCACGAAGAGUCAGACACGACUAAACAACAACAUGAAUGGAAGUCAAAAGGUGGAAGGGUGGCGGGAAGCCUCAUUAGGGAAAGCGCGCCUCAGUUUAAGAACAGCUUUGGUUUAAGAAUGGACUUCCGGAACGGAUUAAGUUCAUAAACCGAGGUGCCACUGUAUGUAUAUUUAACAAUACUAACCUUUGAUCUCAAUUUGUAAUUUCCUUCUACACUUCUUCUGGCCCUGCAGAGGAGAGAGAGCUUUAUUCUUUUCUCCCUUCUGAAUUUCUCUGUCUCCCAUUCAACAACUUAGUCCAUUGCAAGAGGCUAUGGUGAGGCUAGGGGUUGGGGCAGGCAAGUGAGGAGGCACUGGGCAAGCUGUGGCAUGUGAAAGUGCCCCCCCCCCCAAGCUCACUGGUAGGUCUCAGUCCACUAUCUAAGAAACACUGCUAGUGGAAACAGAUGCAACUGGUUAACCCUCCUUUUAAAAACCUAGUAAGUUUCCCGUCCUCACAGAAGCUGCACAGUGUGCGAUCAGAAUAGACGACAUCUUGCCUUACACAAGCCUGCCUGCCUUUCUGCCGCCGCUGGGCUAAUUUCUAACUAGCAGAGGAUUUAAAAAAAACAAAGGAUACAGAGUACUGCUUAACACUUAGUGAAAAGUUAUUGGAAAUAAAUAAUUUGUGGAAAUAAAUAAUUGGAAAUAACUUGACCAGCAUUUCAGGCUCUUUGUGCUUUGCUAACCUUGGGGUUUUCCCAGAGAAUGCUGGCACCCCCAUUUCUCAAAAGCUUCCCUUGCCUCUUUUUUACAACACCCAUCACCCAAGAUUGCUAUUAGAAGCAGUGUUAUAGAAACUAAGAUAUGGCCCCCUCGAACCUAGGUUCAAAUGAACCUGGGCUAUGGUCACCACAAUGGAAUGUCUAUUCACCAGGUGGCUGGACUAGAUGAGCACUGGGGUCUCUUCCAAUGCUACAGCUUUAUGAUUCUGUGAUUUUAACUACAUUGCUUGACUGUAGCUUGCUCUUACAACAAUUCACUUGCCCCAGUAUGCAAGAAGGAAAAAAACACACAGUGGAAAUGGAACUAACCAUGGACUAAGGCAGAGGUUUUUGAACAGUGGUUGUCAACCUGGCACCCAGAAAUCACAGCUGGAUCCAAACCAGUAAUGCUCCUGGCACCUGGCUAAUUUCUAACUAGCAGGAGCGAUUGGUUGCAAGUGAUCCCGCAUCUUCUGAGGGGCUGGGGGGUGUUUCUGGUUAGUUGCAAGAACUGAGGGAUUUAACUUCAUCCUCUUCUUUCUCCCCUCUAUCCCAACACAGGAUGGUGGCUACCAUGGUCCUUCGGGUGGCCUUCAGCCUGAUUGGCUGGUUCUCCCUCUACACGUGGUCUUGCCAUUGGUUCAAAGGCCGCACCUACGAGUGGAGCUGCAGGCUGGUCACUCUGACUCACGGGGUCCUUGCCACUUGCCUCUCCGGCUACAUCAGCUUCAUCGAUGGCCCGUGGCCUAUGUCUUACCCAGGUACGCUGCAACCGCCUCACCUUAGAUCGGACGUUGGCUCCACACAGGCUGAAAAACAAUGGGGGGACAGCGACAGCAAAGUAGACAUAAGGGACUAUUGGAAAUGGAAUUGAAAAUAGCUCAGGUGGUUCAGGGUUCAGCGCGAUGUGCACGUGUGCAGUCGCGCACAUGUAGCACGUGCCUAAAACGGUCACUGCCUGAGCAGGUAUUCUCCCCACUCGACUUGUGUGCAACUAUGUACACAUGCAGCACAGGAAAAUAAAUAAAUAAAUAAAUAAAUAAAUAAAUAAAUUCCUACUCAGAAAUGGCAGGAGUUGGAGAGUCCUUAUGGCUCAUGCGGAGACCCCCCCCCCGGAGCCCAAAGAGGAUGUCACUGAGGGUGGAGGAAGCCCUGCAGAGACUGGAGAUGUAGCAGGUCUUUGUUUAGGCUGCUCAGCCUCCCUGCCUAACAGCUGAUGUGCAGGGUAGCACAGCAGCGGCCUGUUUCCUGCACAUCCUCCAGUCUGCUGCCAGCCCCAGAGCUUCAGUUCUAGUUGUGGGUAUUUUUGGAUACAGCAUUUUAAUUUUUUUUUACAAGUGGCAGAGAUGGUGUUUAAAGGGUGCUCCCCACAUUAUGCGAUUUCAUUUACAUGCAUGGCGGGCCGGAACAUAACCCCAGUAUAAGUGGGAGUGGGUGGGACGCCUGUGUUGUAUAAACUUAGAAAGCUGUAUAAUCUUAGAAGGCUGUGAGUAUCAUGAAGACUUCUGAAUUUGCCACUACACUACUGGCUAGAUGAACCAAUAGCCCGGCUUAAUAUAAAACAGCUUCUUACAAGCUGGAUGCAGUCUGACCUAGGGAUGGGUGAUAUCUGGUUUUCAGCAUCGUGAUAUACCAAUACAGAACUACCUUGGUUCUCGAACUCAAUCCGUUCUGGAAGUCUGUUCAACUUUAAAACGUUUGCAAAGCAAGGCAUAACUUCUGAUUGGCUGCUUGGCCCCAGAAACAAUGCUGACAUUCGGCUUCCAAAAAACGUUUGCAAACUGGAACACUUCUGGGUUUGCGGCAUUUGGGAACCGAUUUGUUUGUCAACUAAGCCAUUCGGGAACCAAGGUGCCACUGUAUAUCACAGCAUCUGAAAUAAGGAUGGCCCUAUGUAGAGGCACAGGGGACGCGGGUUGCGCUGUGGGUUAAACCGCAGAGCCUAGGACUUGCCAAUCAGAAGGUCGGCAGUUCAAAUCCCCGUGACUGGGUGAGCUCCCGUUGCUCAGUCCCAGCUCCUGCCAACCUAGCAGUUCGAAAGCAUGUCAAAGUGCAAGUAGAUAAAUAGGUACCGCUCCAGCGGGAAGGUAAACGGCGUUUCCGUGCGCUGCUCUGGUUCGCCAGAAGCGGCUUAGUCAUGCUGUCCGCAUGACCCGGAAGCUGUACGCCGGCUCCCUCGGCCAAUAAAGCGAGAUGAGCACCGCAACCCCAGAGUCGGUCACGACUGGACCUAAUGGUCAGGGGUCCCUUUACCUUUUUAUGUAGAGGCAUUGGCUGGCUUCAUGGUUAUCCCCACAUUGUGAUUUUUGCGUAGCACACAUACACACAUACACCAUGUUUCACAAUACAUUGCCAGGUCAAAAAUUAUGAAACUGAUAUAAGGAUGUGGACUUCAAACCGGUUUUGGAUGAUAUAUUGAUCGCCCAGCCUUAGUCUGACCUUCUUUUUGACUUUCCUUUCAGGGUCACCUAACACCACCCUGCAGGUCCAUGCGCUCUGCAUGAGCUUGGGUUAUUUCCUCUUCGACCUUGGUUGGUGUGUCUACUUCCAGGCAGAAGGGGCUCUGAUGCUGGCCCAUCACACCGUCAGCAUCCUGGGCAUCACCGUCUCCCUCGCCCUGGGCGAGUCGGCCGCGGAGGUCAACGGGGUCAUCUUUGGCAGCGAGAUCACCAACCCGCUGCUGCAGGCCCGUUGGUUCCUCCGGGAGAAGGGGCUCUACCACACUCUUACGGGGGAUGUGGUGGACUUCUUCUUUGUGGUGCUCUUCACAGGAGUGAGGAUCGGGGUCGGGGCAUGGCUGAUGUACUGCGUGUUGAUGUCGCCCAAGCCCAAGUGGUUCAUCAAGGUCGGCGGGGUGAUCAUGUACACCGUGUCUUGGGUCUUCAUGAUCAGCAUCUGCCGGUUCGCCCGGAGGAAGAGCAUGAAGAAGUACCAUGCCUGGAGGAGCCGGUGGAGCAAAGAGAUGAACUUGAACACCAACGGGCACCUGAAGGACCAUUGACACCCAAUCUGGGUCCGUGUUUCAUGAUCUGGUUAGCAUGGGGCAGGGGGAAGUUUCCAAAGGUCUGGUUCACAAGGCCAUGUGUUCAAGACAGGUCACAUUGGAAAUGAAUACCCCGGGCUGCCUAGUAGAUAUGUAGAGUGCUGGAUUAAGACUGGGGAGACCCCAGUUCCAAGACCUCCUUAGCCACGAAGCUCACUGGGUGACCUUCGCCAGCCACUUUCCUCUAAGCCCAACAUACCUCACAGGGAUUUUAUGAGGAAAAUAGGAUAACUCCUGCCCUCGGUGUUUUGGAGGAAGGGCGGGAUACAAUCAUGAUCAGUUGAUAGACCCACGUCAUGCUGGAGUAGGCUGGAAUAGGUGUCAACUCCAGGGAAAUUUGCACUAUGGAAACACUGGCAUAUCGUGCUGCAGACGAGGUGCAUUCAAUGAGACGAAAACACUUGUGUACAACACAAAACCUGUUUGCACUCCCAAGGCUGUGAGCACUUGAAAUGCAAUUAACCACAACCUCCUCCAGCAACGUCACUACUGUACAUGAGAGCAAAGGAUGCUCCUUUUAUCUUGAGUGGGAUCAUUGGCCCAUGUCUAGACUGUACACUAACUGGCAGCUGAUCCCUAGUUUUUUCAGGCAAGCAAUGUUCCAGUCCCAACCCUAUCUAGAGAUGCCAGGGGACUUGCUAAGCAGCACCAGUUCAUUUUUAUGACUCAUUUCCCCAACAUACCAUUCAGGGAUCAGGAUAGCUUGUCAUUCAUAGCAUCCAAAGACUCAGAGAAGUGGCACAGGAAGAGAAAGAUUCCCAUUGCUGCCACUUUUUGAAUGUGUGAUAUGAUGCUGAAUCGGAACAAAAAUUCACCCAGCCAGUAUUUGUUUCUGACAGGAAAGCCAGAUGUCAAGCAUGAAGGUGGCAGCAGCCCUUCCAUUCUGCCACCACUAUGAGCCAAUAUUCGGGGGUAUUCCGCCUCUGAACAUGGCAGUUUCACUUAGCAAUCAUACUUAAAGGGAUGUUUCCACUUUCUCUGAAGACCAGGCUUGAAAAUGGAAGGUUGGGAUAUAUCAACCCAUCUUGUGGUAGAAACCAGGUAGACAAAAUCAUCUACCACAUUCUGCCCCAGCUGCAACAAAUCCUGUCUCUCCAGUAUCAUUCUCUACAGCCACAGCAGGUGCUGUACCUCUCCAGUGGUUUGACUUCACUCUUAAAGGCGCACCCCUCCAUUGUCUCCCGAGACAGAUGGAUGCCAACCAUCCACCCAUCUUUUUAAACCACACACAAACUUGUCUUUCAGGAAUCGUUGCUCCAGUACACCUGGGACUUCCCUGAACAGUAAAUCGACGUUACGUUGCCCAGUGUUAAUGAAACCAUUGAUUAUUGUUGGUUUGAAGAUAAUGCCUGAAAGCACAUUUUAGAAUUCAGGGGGGAGAGGGAGCUAAUCCUUAAAGUAGUUCUUGUUUUCUGAUAGCUUGCUGUUUUCUCUUAGGCACACUCUUCUGUAUUUUGAGUGCUAGUAAGUGGAAGAACUAAAAUCAGUGUUAUGGCACUGUUGGGGUGAGAGAUGUUUGGGUUUGGCUCCCCCACAGUCAGUGCUGAGGUUCUCUUGUUCAGCCAGAGCUGCAACAAAAGUCCUAUUGGUAUAUUUGGGACCAUCUGAACAGUCUCAUGCUCGCGGGGCUGGACUGAAAGUUUGUAUGUAUAGUUUCUAGCUGUUUCCUGCUGGGCUGUGUGAUCUGGAUGUAGGUAUAGUGAGUCAAAAGUCCCAGGUAGGCAUUAUAUGCCAGGGUUGAAGUAUAGAAGAACCUGACAGCUUUCAUAAUAUGAGCUACAAUGUGGCUGGGAUUUAUUUUUAUACAUACCUGGGAUACUGGUUAAGCUGGCCCUAGGAGUUUGAACAAACUGAUUCCCUCCCUACCCCUUGGGGUUGUGGAGGAAGAAGAUGUUGUCUCUUGCUCUUAUGCCUCAGGAACAUAGGAAACUGCCUUGUAAUGGGUCAGAACUUGGGUUCCUGUAACUCAAUACUGUCUACACUGAUUGGCAGUGGCUCUCUAGUGUUCAGGCAUGGGUCACUCGCAGACCUGCAGAAGCCAGAGAUUGAACCUGGAACCUUCUGCAUGCAAGGCUGAUGUACUACUGAGCAAUGGUCCUCUCCAUUGUGUGUGUGUUUUAUAAAAAAUACAUACCACUGUUCAUAAAAUCAGAGUGGUUUACAGGCGGCCAUUUUGCAUGGGGGCGUUUCCGUUCCCAGCCCCCGUGUCCAUUGGCUGAGUGUGCAUAAGUAUGCCCCACCCCUGUUCUGCCCUCUUCCGGGUCCAAAAGGACCUGUGUGUCGACAAUCGCACAUCAAUUAGACACGCCUAAAAUGAUUGCUGCCUGUACAACACUCAAUACAUGAAUCGAUACAAUAAAAACCAUAUAGAAAAUUUUGAACUCAGAAAUCAGCUCACUGCUAUGGAAAGGUGGAUUCUUAAUUUCCUUCAUAAGCCUUGCAGAGUAGUUUUCAGCAGGUGUUUAGAAGAUGACAGAUGACAGUAGGUGAUUGCUGAAUCUCCAUUGACAGAGUACAGUGAUACCUCGGGUUACAUACACUUCAGGUUACAUAUGCUUCAGGUUACAGACUCCUCUAACCCAGAAAUAGUGCUUCAGGUUAAGAACUUUGCUUCAGGAUGAGAACAGAAAUCGCGCAGCAGCGGCGCGGCAGCAGCAGGAAGCCUCAUUAGCUAAAGUGGUGCUUCAGGUUAAGAACAGUUUCAGGUUAAGAACGGACCUCCGGAACGAAUUAAGUAGUUAACCCGAGGUACCACUGUAUUCCACAAGACUGAACCGACGGCACUAAAAGCUAGGUUCCUUGUUGCUCUCAAAGGAGCCUCACCAACUAGAGGAACAACUGGUGAUGCUCUUGCAGAUAACCCCUGUGAUCAAUGUGGGGUAUAAGGAUUCAGGGUGUCCCUAAGGUCCCUCGGACCUAAGUUGUUCAAGGCCUUGUAAAUUAAUAAAAGGGCCUUAAACCUGGCUUGGUACUAGAUGGACAGCCAGUGCAGGUGUUUUAACAAUGCUGCCUCCAUCAGCAGUCUGGCUGCCCUAUUCUGCACCAGCUGCAGCUUCUGAGCCAAGGGCAGCCCCACCAAAAGCACAUUGCAGUAAUCCAGCCUUGAUGUUGUGCUUGGGCAGCAUGCCUGCCAUUCUUCGCUGGAUUUUGGAAUCUAUAUGGCUUUGAUAAUAUAAUAGAGCACAUAAUAUAUAUCCUCUGAGGAUAAAUCUGGUAGCUUCUGCUUCCUAAAUUUUUUUUUUAAAAGAAGCAAGUUCCUUAGUCUGGGUUGUUGUGGACUUGUCCAUUCACUAGUUUAUCAUUGUGGCAAAAAGCUGGGGAACAGGGGCUACUUAGCAUCUCAGCUUCAAUCCUUGGCACGUCUAGAUAGGACCGGGAGAGUCAAUACUGACCUGGGUGGACCAAGGAAGUUUCCUUUGUUCCUAGGUUGGGGAGCCCUGGACUACCGAUUCAUAAUGUCCCUGCAGGGAUCUCUAUAAUGGCACUGAUGCUGCUGGGCCUAAUUUUAUAUAUGUACACGAGACUCUUCCCCUUUUGCGUGGUCAGUGGGAUCUCUGUGCAUUAGAGGCGUGCAGGAUGGAGACCGACUUGUGCAAGAAAGAAAGCUGAGCCGAGUGCUUAACUUGGCAUAAUCGCCUUAUCCACUGGAUAAGGAAGGUCACUCAAGCCACCCUGAUGCUUUGGAGCGGCAUCUGUGACGUACAGGAGCAACCGCUUCCUUGAUAAGGUAGUCCAAGUAUGGGCAGGUGCAAGAAACCAAUCUUGCAAAAAUCAGGGAAGCUGCGUUCGCUGCCAUUGUUCUCUGAAGGGCAGGCAGGCUCCAAAUACAACACAAGGGUGUAGCCACGUGUCACAAUAACCAAACCUAGGAUUAAUGGGAGCUGAAACGUAUGCAAUCAGCAGGCUCAUAUCAUAAAAAAGGGGCUUAGCAAUUCCACCAAUAACCAGGGCUCUGGACCCUAGAAGAAUAUGAUCAAACACUAAAUGAUUAUAUAUGCAAAUAAAUGAACGUCCAGAUACAGGCUUAGCACUGUUUAAUUAAACAUUCCUGUUUCUUCCUUCCUCGAUAGCAGUUCUUGAGGCUUCAAAUGAAUGCUGGGAACCAAACCAAGGCAACAGUUUUAAGAGCAAUCAAGGUGGAAGGAGUUUGGUGUAUGAAAGAUAGUUUUGUUUUGUUUCUAAAGUAAACUUAAGCCCCACAUAGAAAUGAAGAGUUGCAAGUGGGAUCAGCAACAAAAUGUUACAGUGCAGAAUGUUCCUGUUCAGGUUGCCAGCCAUGCCCUUUUUCACUAUAUUCCAUUCCAUACCUGCCCUUGCAGUUUUCUGUCCCUCCCCAUCACAAUAGGUAACCAGCAUUCUGUGGGUAUUAAACAUUCUCCGUCUUCAUUGGGCUGUUCUUGUUUCCCCUCUAAGCACUUUUUGUACUUCUCCCAUGUCUUCAGAUAUCUCUAACUUGUCUGUGGAUGGUGCUGUUUUGGCUACAUAGGGACCUACACUCAGAAAAAUGAGUUUUCCAUUACUAUAUAAGAAGAAUAUAGGAUCACCCAGAUAAGAGUUGAUCAGGUGUUAGAUACAGCAGUUCCCCUUUAAUGUUUCUGGAUUUGAUUAUUGCUCUGUUUUGGGGGCCACAGCUCCCAUCAUCCCUGACCAUUGGUCAUGGUGGCUGGGGCUGAUGCACUCCAACAGCAUGGGGGGGGGCACAGGUUCCCCAUUCCUUCUCUGUAAGUAACAUUUCCAAGUCAGAGUGACCAUCAGAAUUAAAAUGUUUCAAAGGAGGUUGAUUGAGCUUCUUUGCCAAGAUUGCUGAUGUGUGAUUCCUCCAAAACCCAUUUGCGAAAGUCUGUUCUUGUGCUUGCAUUAAGUAACGUAGAUUACAUUGUUAGACAUGCGGGUGACAUUCUAUUUAACAAAUAGGUCUUAUCGCUUGUUCUGCUUUUUAAAUAUUUUUGCAAGGUAAGUGCAGGUGACUGGGUUCACCUGUCUGUGACUAGCAUUUCAGAGAGAAGGCUGGAUUCAAACACUACCUUGACAUGCUAGAUUUCCACAGGCAAAGACGUUUCUUUGAUAUGGAAGAGUGUUCAAAUAUUUGAUCUCCCACUGCUUCCAGCACCUGCAUGCCUUGUGUGUCAUGCCUUGAUAUUGUAUCUCGGCUCCUACUGACUCAUGAAAGGCUCUAGAAUUAAGGAUGGGUCUCCUUUUAAAGGGAUGUGCAAUGCUUAAAAUAAUUUGUGAUUUCACUAUUCAAGAUGUCCUGACUCCAAGUGCGUACAAAGGACAGCAUAAAAAUACUAGCAUAAAAGCACCAUGUUUUCAUAGAAUCAUAGAAUCAUAGAGUUGGAAGAGACCACAAGGGCCAUCGAGUCCAACCCCCUGCCAAGCAGGAAACACCAUCAGAGCACUCCUGACAUAUGGUUGUCAAGCCUCUGCUUAAAGACCUCCAAAGAAGGAGACUCCACCACACUCCUUGGCAGCAAAUUCCACUGUCGAACAGCUCUUACUGUCAGGAAGUUCUUCCUAAUGUUUAGGUGGAAUCUUCUUUCUUGUAGUUUGGAUCCAUUGCUCCGUGUCCGCUUCUCUGGAGCAGCAGAAAACAACCUUUCUCCCUCCUCUAUGUGACAUCCUUUUAUAUAUUUGAACAUGGCUAUCAUAUCACCCCUUAACCUCCUCUUCUCCAGGCUAAACAUGCCCAGCUCCCUUAGCCGUUCCUCAUAAGGCAUCAUUUCCAGGCCUUUGACCAUUUUGGUUGCCCGCCUCUGGACACGUUCCAGUUUGUCAGUGUCCUUCUUAAACUGUGGUGCCCAGAACUGGAUUACUGUGUAAUAAUUUAAUGUUCCACCAGUGAUGGGUGUAGCAACUUUGUAUUAUAUUUUAUAAAAAUAAAAGAGAUUUUAUGUAU